CUAUACCUAUUUUUACCAGUCUUCUCUCUCUAUCUCUCUCUCAUCAUUCGUCAAUCGUAGAAUCAAAGCGAAGAUGGCAAUGGCGAGCUUGGCCAGACGGAAGGCAUCGCACCUUCUAUCAAGAAACAUCUUCAAUUCCGAUGUUUUGAGAUAUUCUUUCGCCAGAGGCUUUGCUUCUGGAUCCGACGAGAACGACGUCGUCGUAAUCGGCGGCGGUCCUGGAGGCUAUGUUGCCGCUAUCAAGGCCGCUCAGCUAGGUCUUAAGACUACCUGUAUCGAGAAGCGUGGAACUCUCGGAGGAACCUGUCUUAACGUUGGUUGCAUACCUUCCAAGGCUCUUCUUCAUUCCUCUCAUAUGUACCAUGAAGCCACGCAUUCCUUCGCCAAUCAUGGUGUUAAGUUUGCUUCAGUGGAGGUGGAUUUGCCUGCUAUGAUGGCUCAGAAAGAUAAAGCUGUUGCAGGUCUCACAAAGGGUAUAGAAGGUCUCUUAAAGAAGAACAAAGUAACCUACGUCAAAGGAUACGGGAAGUUCAUAUCUCCAUCUGAAAUCUCAGUUGAAACCACCGACGGGGAAACCACGAUCGUUAAAGGCAAACACAUAAUCAUCGCAACUGGCUCCGAUGUCAAACCUCUCCCAGGAAUCACCAUCGACGAGAAAAAGGUCAUCUCCUCCACCGGAGCUCUCGUCUUACCCGAAAUCCCCAAAAAACUCAUAGUCGUCGGAGCCGGUUACAUCGGCCUCGAAAUGGGCUCCGUUUGGAAUCGCCUUGGUUCCGAGGUAACCGUUGUCGAAUUUGCCGGUGAAAUCGUGCCCUCCAUGGACGGAGAAGUCCGAAAGCAAUUCCAAAGAUCCCUUGAGAAACAAAAGAUGAAAUUCAUGCUCAAAACUAAGGUUGUAUCGAUCGAUACCUCCGGAAAUGGAGUUAAACUUACCCUAGAACCUUCCUCCGGCGGUGAACAAACCACCCUUGAAGCCGACGUCGUUCUAAUUUCCGCUGGUAGAACUCCGUUCACCUCCGGGCUAGGUUUGGACAAGAUCGGAGUCGAAACUGACAAGAUUGGUCGGAUUCCGGUGAACGAAAGAUUUGCGACGAACAUCCCCGGAGUUUACGCAAUCGGUGACGUUAUUCCCGGGCCGAUGCUCGCCCACAAGGCAGAAGAAGACGGGGUUGCUUGUGUCGAGUUCAUCGCGGGGAAACACGGUCACGUAGAUUACGAUCUAGUCCCCGGAGUGUGUUAUACUCAUCCGGAGGUGGCUUCGGUUGGGAAAACCGAGGAACAAGUGAAAGCGCUCGGGAUUGAGUAUCGUGUUGGGAAGUUCCCAUUCCUGGCUAAUAGCAGGGCAAAGGCAAUUGACGAUGCGGAAGGGAUUGUUAAGAUUUUGGCAGAUAAAGAAUCCGAUAAGAUAUUGGGGGUGCAUAUAAUGGCGCCAAAUGCUGGAGAGAUGAUUCACGAGGCUUGUCUUGCAUUGCAAUAUGGAGCGUCGAGCGAAGAUAUUGCGCGUACUUGCCAUGCUCAUCCGACUAUGAGCGAGGCGUUGAAGGAAGCUGCAAUGGCUACAUAUGACAAGCCUAUUCAUAUGUAGAUUGAAGGGUGGAUUUGUUAAUCUUCAAUCUUAUUUCUUAUUCCAUGCUUUCAUAAAAUUUCUUUUUAUAUUUUGACCAUUUUGAAUCUUUGAUUAUGUAAUAACAUCAACCUGAGAACGGAAUAUUAUGCAAUUUGAGAGAUGCAUGUAAUUGUGGUUUCUCCAAACAAUGUUGAUACUUGAUAGUGUUUGUCUGUCUUUUUA